AGGAGUUAAUUUCACAUGCAUGUUUGACAGGUCUGACUGUGCUGGGCUCCCAUUGAGUUGUAAAUUCACCCUGCUGAAUGGGGUUGUGUGUUUCCCUGACCAAACUGUGUUGUACUGUGCCAUAUCCUCACCACACUGUGCUGUACUGUGCUGUACUGUAUCAGAACCUCACCAAACUGUGCUGUACUGUGCCAUAUCCUCACCACACUGUGCUGUACUGUGCUGUACUGUAUCAGAACCUCACCAAACUGUGCCGUCUCCUCCCCACACUGUGCUGUGCCACACAGACCUGUCCCAGAGGCAGCGGGCGUCCCUGGUGGCGGUGGCGGGAGCGGUCAUCGGGGCCAUCCUCGGCCUCUUCCUCAUCACGGUCUUCACCAUCGUCACCCUCCUGGCCUGCAGGUCCCAGCCGCCCACGUACUGCGACAAAGUGAUCGAUCUUCCUCCGACGCACAAGCCUCCCCCGCCCUGCGCUGAGAGACGACCAGCCGCCCGCCUGCCUGUCAAUCACACGCCGGUGACGCACCAGGUACCCCAGGUCCGCCGGGUGGACAGGCGGGGUGAGGUGUCCAACAGAGUGCCCGUGAGGGGGGCGCCUCACAGGGACCCCCGAAACCCCGCCCACGAGCCGCUGUCCUAUCACAGCUGGGUCUGCCACCACAAGGGGGCGGACCGCGUCUUCAUCAAUCACCGCGAGCACUAUGUGUGAUCUGCUCCCUCCCCACUGUUACCACGGAGACCACAGCAUCUGAGUACAUCAGUCGCCAAGAACACCGUGUGAGAUCAAUCAACUCCCUGCUGUUACCGUGGAGAUCACAGUAUCUGAGUACACCAGUCACUACAAACACUGUGUGAGAUCAACCCCCUGCCGUUACCAUGGAGAUCACAGUAUCUGAGUACACCAAUCGCUGUGAACACUGCAUGCCUUCCUCUUCCCACCGUCACCCUGGAGACCACGGUAUCUUCAGACUAAUCUCAAGAGCAAAGAGAGGGAUUGGGACAGGUGCUUUUAAGAACUGGUAUAAAGAGUUCAGGACACUUCUACUCUUAACGUGAUCAUGACUGCAUAUAACAGAGCCCCAAUGUCUUAACACCACCCGUGAAUAACAGUUCUGUUAAUUUCACAGUUAAUUACACAGAUAAAUAAUAGCCGCAAAAUAGCUUGCACCAGACUAAUGGAACGACUGUCUGACUCUGCACAGUCACAUCUCAGAACCACCCAAAAAUGAAGAACUGCGGUGUCACCGAUCUAUAAAGUAAAAAAAAAUGUUUCUUCAUUUAAGCUUAGACUCUUGUGGUGCCUCUGACCAGACCGAUAACAAAGUGCACUAAAGCAAAAAAAGGGUCCAUCCUCCAAAUGGACAAUGUAGGGUUCACAGAAUCCACCCUCUCACCCCCCAUCCCCCUCACCCCCAUCAUCCCCCACCACCAUCCCCUUCACCACCAUCACCCCCCACCACCAGAAAAAAAUGGUUUUUAUCAUCCAACCCAAAACUGACUAUUUAUUCCACUUUGCAGAGGCUGCGGAGUUUCCAUGUUUACUGUUACUUCUUGGACUCCAUUUUCUUUCCUGCCCUCUGGGGAGGGGGGUAAAUUAAAUGCUAGUCGAGGGGGGGGGGGGGCACUGACCGAGCCUCAGAAGCAGUCCUGCUCUGACUGCUGUUCUUCCAGGAGAGGCACUCCUUCUCCUUCUUCCUGCCGAAACAAACAUUCAUGACUCUGCUACUAGUGCAACGGUCUCCCAGGCCAGUGCUGUUUUUAAUAUUGCAUCUCAUUAUGCCUGGAUGAGAGGUUCCGGAACACUGAUCAGAGGAACAGCAAACCCCCCCCCCCCGCUGUUCCUAAAUUAGGCAGAUCACAGCCCCCGGGGAAAUUCACCCCCCUCAGUCCCGGCCUGUCACUAACACCGACCUACGCCGGGUUCUCCCAAAAAAAGUGUUUGAAUGGGUCGCAUAAAAUCUGUACAUACACUGGCGAAGCUGUUCUCCUUUGUCUGGAUUUAUAGAAUUUUAGUUGAAUAAAUGUGUUGCCGAAGGUUCUGGACAGGCAAAUAUAAACGUAAAUAUGUAUAAAAACAGCACAGAACGUUCCAGAACCCCUGGAGUCAUGUGACGUCCUCCUCUCCAUGGCGACCAGGGGUCGGGGUGAAUUUCCUUUUCAAGUGAACAGAAAUUCACUCAUUUAACUGAAAUAUUUUCACAGAACACGUCAAGGGAAUUUUUCAAGUGCAGAAUAAGAAGAAUUGUAUGCUUAGUGUAGCACUUUUAUUCUCCCAACUGAUUUAUUUUAUUCUAUCAGAACACAUAUCUCUAGUUCCUUUUUUUUUACUGUAUUUUCUUAUUUGUAAUUUUUCUUUUUUUUGCCAGGCAUAUGUUUCCAUGAAAAUACAUUUUUCGGUUUAAUUUGAUUUCCAGUCGUUUGCAGAAUUGGCAGUGUCUGAGUGAAACUAACUCCCACGCGGACGGAGGCGGACGGAGCGUUUGGAAAUGGAGGAAUGUGCUUAAGGGGUGCAUUUUGAAUUCUGGUCAGACAAACUUGAGUAUAUUGUAAUUUUUCUGACCCACUGAAAUACAAAUUCAUGUUUUGUCUGUGAUGCAAGUUGUUAUUGUAAAUUAUUUUUUUUGUCGUUGUUUGAACGAAUCAGUUUGGAUUAUUUUUUCCUUUAUUUACGUGCCAUGCUAAUAAUUUAUAUAUAUAUUUUUCCUUAGGUAUUAGAAGCUUUCAUACUGUAUUUUUAGGCACAUUUCUUUAUUUUUGUACAUUUUUGUGUGCAUUUGGUUAGCUGGGAUGAGGGCCCCCGUAACCAAGGCAACCUCGCUACUUCUUGUUAAUAAUAAACAUUUUUUAAAAGUG